CUUCUUUUUAGUGUUGUCCCCUAUGAACAUCACUUCUAAGUUCUCACUUUAUAUGUUCACCCCACUACCAUAUCCUUAAGAAAUUGCUCUUUAAUCCAUAUGGCAACCUUCAUCUCCAAGUCCAAGCCUCAACUCAGAAAACUCACUCUUCUCCUCAACAUAUCUUUCAUCUCCCUUCUUUGUUUUCUUCUAAAAGCCUAUCACCAUCCAUCCAAAUCAAACUUUCAUGGCCAGUCCAAUGCCCCCCUCACAACCAUCUUCAACCAUGCUAGGUUGCUCAGUGAUAUUAGUGUUGAUGGAUGUAAUGACCUCCACAAGUAUUCAGAUUGUAGUUCUAAGUGCUUAUAUGUCAAAACCCAUCUUGAUUGCAGGUCAAAAGGGUACAUAAACUAUCUUCAAAUCUUCUAUUGCAAUAUUGGUCAAUCCCCAAUUUUGGGACAAACUCUUCUUGCCUUAUGGCUUGUGGUGUUGUUCUAUCUUUUGGGUGACACAGCUUCCAAUUACUUUUGCAACUCCUUACAAGGUCUUUCCAACAUCUUGAGGCUCUCUCCCACCAUUGCUGGAGUAACCUUGCUUUCUCUUGGAAAUGGGGCUCCUGAUUUUUUUGCAAGUGUUGUUUCUUUCACUGGAACCAGUGAUGGUGCACUUGGCCUCAACAGCAUCUUGGGAGGGGCUUUUUUUGUGUCUAGUGUUGUCUUGGGGAUUAUAAGCAUUCUAGUUAGCCCAAGUCAAGUUGUAGUUGAUAAGGCCAGUUUCAUUAGGGAUGUCCUUUUCUUCCUCUUCUCUCUGCUCAUCCUCUUUAUCAUCAUUUCUAUUGGUAAAAUUAGCUUGUUGGGUUCAAUCUUCUAUGUUUCUAUCUACUUCCUUUAUGUCUGUGUUGUCUCUGCUACACAUUUCAUCUAUGGAGAGGAAAAGAAAGAAAGGGAGUUCUCAGUGUCUUCAGAUGAGUUACUAGAAUCUGGCAUACCAUUGUUGGGCUAUGUUGAUGAUGACAAACCAAAUUUCGCAGAGGAAGUGGUUGUUGUUGUUGAAGAUAAGGAGGAAAAGCCAGAGAGUUUUGGUAAUGAUUCAUUUGACUGUUUUUACUUGGGAAAGUUUUUACAAGUUCUAGAGUUACCUCUUUCCUUGCCAAGAAGGCUAACAAUACCAGUGGUGAAUGAAGAGAAGUGGUCAAAACCAUAUGCGGUUAUAUCUGUCACAUUAGCACCAGUUAUGUUGGCAGCAGUUUGUAAUACACAGAGGGAGAACAUGGGUUCAAGGAACUGUCUAGUUAUGUAUUUGACAGCUUCUUUGAUUGGCAUAGUUUUGGGGAAUAUGGCAUGUGUGACUACCAAUAGCUCUAGUCCACCAAAAAAAUCCUUGUUUCCUUGGUUGGCAGGGGGUUUUGCAAUGAGUGUAACAUGGACUUAUAUAAUUGCUGAGGAGCUGGUUUCCCUCUUGGUUUCAAUUGGUAAUAUUAUUGGUGUUAGUCCUACAAUCCUUGGGUUAACUGUCCUAGCUUGGGGUAACUCUCUUGGGGAUUUGAUAGCCAAUGGUGCCAUGGCUAUGAAUGGUGGGACAGAUGGUGCCCAAAUGGCUAUAUCUGGCUGUUAUGCAGGUCCUAUGUUUAAUACUUUGAUGGGUUUGGGUGUCCCUCUUGUUCUCUCAGCUUGGUCUGAUUAUCCAUACCCUUAUGUCAUUCCUAAGGACCAUUCCCUAUAUGAAACCCUUCUAUUCUUAAUGGGAGGACUACUUUGGGCCCUUGUGAUAUUGCCUAAGAAGAAUAUGAGGAUGGAUAAGUUCUUGGGAGUAGGACUAUUGAGUGUAUACCUAUGCUUUUUGUUUAUAAGAAUUGCCAUGGCUAUUGGUGUUCUGAAAUUCUAGAGAUUUACAUGUUUGGUUUUUAGUUUGCAAAAUUCCAAAUCAUGGUUUUGGGGGAAAAAUAAUUGUCUUGCCCAAACUAUGAUUUUGGAGUUGCAACAAGAAACUGAAGCAUACAAGUGGUCCCUAAGGGGAACUUCUUCAAGAAAAAGUUUCUUGUGGGAAAACGGGGUCCAUUGUGGUCCAUCUCAUGGAACUCACUCAUGUUAAUAGUACAUUUGUAAGCACCACCACUUUGUAAAGUCAAUUAAUUAUAUAUAUAUUUAUUACUAG